UACGACGGUUACCAGACCAAUCAGUACGACCUCCGACCCGUCUCCCUACUUUAGUGCCUAGCUGUGAAUGUUUGUCUGUCAGUCAGUCAUUUAUUAAUUCAUUCAGUCAAUCAGUCAGUCAAUAUGUCCAUGUUCCAGUCCAGGACCGUCUCGCUGGCACUCCUGAUCACCAUGUGUGUGUACCUCUCCUCUGUCUCUGCCAACUAUCGUCGGCCCAGUAAGGUGACCACAAACUGCUGCACAAGUGUGUCUGACACUCCCAUAAAAUCUGAACUGCAAGGAUACCGCAUCCAAAACUCCAUGCCACCCUGUGUUAACGCCAUUAUCUUCUACACAGUGAAAGGUGAGAAGAUCUGCUCUGAUCCCAAAACACUCUGGGUCGACAGGAGAAAGAAAGGUUUAAAAGUUAUGAAAAAGUGAAGAAGCUUGACCAUGUCUGGAGCCUUCUGUACUGUAGAUCUGCCUCCCUCUACAAGCCUCCCCCUACAAGCCUUCCUCUACAAGCCUCCCUCUACAAGCCUCCCUCUACAAGCCUCCCUCUACAAGCCUCCCCCUACAAGCCCUCUACAAGCCUCCCUCUACAAGCCUCCCUCUACAAGCCUCCCUCUACAAGCCUCCCCCUACAAGCCUUCCUCUACAAGCCUCCCUCUACAAGCCUCCCUCUACAAGCCUCCCUCUACAAGCCUCCCCCUACAAGCCUCCUCUACAAGCCUCCCUCUACAAGCCUCCCUCGACAAGCCUCCCUCGACAAGCCUCCCUCUACAAGCCUCCCUCUACAAGCCUCCCUCUACAAGCCUCCUCUACAAGCCUCCCUCUACAAGCCUCCCUCUACAAGCCUCCCUCUACAAGCCUCCCCCACAAGCCUCCUCUACAAGCCUCCCUUUACAAGCCUCCCUCUACAAGCCUCCCUCUACAAGCCUCCCUCUACAAGCCUCCCUCGACAAGCCUCCCUCUACAAGCCUCCCUCUACAAGCCUCCCUCGACAAGCCUCCCUCUACAAGCCUCCCUCGACAAGCCUCCCUCUACAAGCCUCCCUCUACAAGCCUCCUCUACAACCAUCUAGAAUAGUUUUCCACAUGUUUUCUUUUUCUGUUAUAUUUUGAUUAUUGUAUCUGGUCAUUAGGACCUACACGUUGUUCCGUGGAAAUGGAUUGAAUAAUAUAUAUAUUUUCAAAUAUAUUUCUUUAAAAUA